AUGAUGAGGCUGAACAAUCGACGGUUCAUUGGUUUGACGUGUGGCUUGCUGGUGCAAGUUGCCAGCUUUGCCAGGGCUUUUGUUACACCAGUUCCAACUCGAGUGGGCGCUGCGAGUUUCACAGGUACAGGCUUUGGCAUCUCCCCCUUGUUUGCCAGUGACAGCGAAGACAGUACUGAGCUGCCUCCCAUUCCAACAGAAUGGCAAGGAGACGUUCUACAAGCAUUGCGCAAUGUAAUUGAUCCUGAUUUGAAUCAAGACAUUGUCACCCUGGGGUUUGUCAAGAAUCUCAAAUUGGAUGAUCGCGAUGUUUCCUUUGAUGUCGAAUUGACGACUCCCGCGUGCCCCGUCAAGGAAGUCUUUGCCUCCGAUUGCGAACGGCUCGUCAAGGAUAUUGCAUGGACCGAAAAGGUGUCCGUCACCAUGACGGCCCAAGAAACCGCCAUGGAUACCGAAACACUCGGCAUGACACAGGUGGGUGCCGUCAUUGCCGUGUCGAGUUGCAAGGGUGGUGUCGGCAAAUCCACCACCGCCGUCAAUCUCGCAUUUGCCUUGCAACGAUUGGGUGCCACGGUGGGAAUCUUUGAUGCUGAUUUCUACGGUCCCUCCCUGCCCACCAUGGUGACUCCGGACAACGACGUGGUCCGAUUUGUGGGAAGACAAGUUGCUCCUCUCCAGCGCAAUGGAGUUCGACUCAUGAGUUUUGGAUACGUCAAUGAAGGAUCCGCUGUCAUGAGAGGACCCAUGAUCACGCAACUGUUGGAUCAGUUUCUGAGCGUCACACACUGGGGAUCCAUGGAUUAUCUCAUUAUUGACAUGCCGCCGGGCACCGGAGAUAUUCAACUCACUCUGACACAACGUUUGAACAUUACAGCCGCUGUCAUUGUCACGACACCACAAGAAUUGAGUUUUGCGGAUGUCGUGCGAGGUGUGGAAAUGUUUGAUUCCGUCAAUGUCCCCUGUGUGGCCGUUGUGGAGAAUAUGGCCUAUUACCAAGUCGAAAACAAUGUGGAUCAGGAAAAGCUAAAGGAGGAAUUUGCAGAAAAGUUGCGAGCGAAGGGGACUCUGGCCAAUGGAGAAGCAGAUGACAUGGCCGACGAGUUGGUACAACUCGUCUUGGAAAAUACUCCUGCCGAGCAACAAAUUCGCAUCUUUGGACCGGGACACAAAACACGCUUGUCGGAACAAUGGGGUAUUGAACACACGUAUUCCAUGCCCUUGAUGGAUCAGAUUGCGGCCAAUGGAGAUUCAGGAACACCCUACGUUCUCGAUAAUCCCGAAAGUACACAAACCAAGACCUAUCUGGAACUAGCAGGAACGGUUGUCAGUGAAGUUGCCAAGUCCAAGUAUAGCAAGGACUCGAUGCGUCCGGAAAUUAGUUUUGAUGACGUUGCUCACAAAAUCAAUGUGGAUGAUGACUUUAUCACCCCUGCCAAUUUGCGACGAAGCUGUCGAUGCGCUGCUUGUGUCGAGGAAAUGACAGGCCGUCAGAUAUUGAUGGCAACGGACAUUUCGGAAGAAAUCCGACCCAUGAAAAUGUAUCCUACCGGUCAAUAUGCUCUCUCUGUGGACUGGUCGGACGGUCACAGGUCGUUGUACCCAUACCGUCAGAUUCAAUCCUUGCUGGCAGGAGAAACAUCACCAAAGAAGGAAAUGAGAAUAUAG